AUGUUACUUUUCCCAGGGACAGAUUUGACGCCGAUGCUGCCUUCUCAUCUGCGCGCUCACAAUUUCUUCACACGGGACGUGACAGAGGCUGGCAUUUUGGAGGACGGCAACAUUGUGAAGCCAGAGAGAUACAAAGCCAUUCGCCAGACUUACGAGGACCAGAGACGGUUUGUGACGCUCUACGACACUGAGAACAAGAUCCCAGUGUUUUCUGCUUACAAGUACAGAGGACAACUUGAAGAAAGAAACACCAACAACAUGUGGGAUGGCAAAUACCACAAACAGGCCAUUGAUGAUGAUUAUAAAAACAAUAGCAGAGGCUAUAAUAGGGGCCAUUUAUUUCCAAAUUCUUAUGCACUUGAUUUAAAAGAAAAAAACUCAACGUUCACCCUGACAAACAUCGUUCCACAAGCAGAGUCUUUCAACAAUGGCAGCUGGAGAAAAAUGGAGACCUGCACCAAAUGCAUUCUGGAAAAGUACUGCAUCAACAAUAAUGAUGCCAAAGAAGCCUUUUUAGUGACCGGGGCACAGCCCAGCAUUAACAACACAACUUAAAACAGGGUUAAUAUACCUUCCAUGCUCUGGUCAGCAUUCUGCUGUUACAGUAAGAACAAGAAUAAGUGGCUAGCGAGCGCAUACUGGGGCGACAAUGUUCAGGAAAAUGAGACUAAAUAUCUGCAGACAAAGACUUUGGCUGAACUCCACAGAGCACAGUGAACUCAACAUUUGAGGUGUUUCCCGGAACACUGUGUCCUCUCGACACAACUGUUGCCGUAUUUUACCCAGAAUUUGGUAAAAUGUGCAAAUGCCCACCCCAAGCGCCAACCACAUCGGCCCCUCCCACUACCACAACUACGGUUCCCAACAACUACUGCUUCUCCAAGUAGCACCACUAUACCUACAACUACAGCAACUACAAGUUCACCAACAACCACAGUCCCUACUAAUAUUACUUAUACUACAAGAGCUACAACUACAACAACUACAACUACAAAGAAGAUAGAUAAUAAUUCAGAAAAUUAUGACA